GGAGACGCACCCAGGCAGAGUGAUGGGCAGCGCAGGCCAGGGGCUGACCGCUCUGCCUCAUGGCCGGAUCGCCCUGCAGGAUGCCCUUCUGCUGACCAGCCUAGAGAAGCCCCCGGCCGCACAAGAGCCCGAUACCCGGAGCUGGAGCUCCCUGGACAGCCCCAGCCCCCCGGCCACACCCGAGCAGACCCUGCCCACUUUCUACCUCCACUACUUUGAUAUGCUCUACUCAGAGGACACCAGCUGGGUGCCCAAGGGUCUGGGGGAGACUCCUCAGGGCAGCGGCCAAGGGGGCAGGGGCGAAGGGCAGAAGGAGCCAGAGCAGUGUCCCAUCAUUGACAGCCAGGGCUUGGGGCUGAGCCCUGACAUGGAUUACCAGGAGAGCCUCCACUUGGAGGAGCACUCGCUGGAGCAGGUGCAGAGCAUGGUGGUGGGCGAAGUGCUAAAGGACAUCGAGACGGCUUGCAAGCUCCUCAACAUUGCAGCAGAUCCGGUGGACUGGAGUCCAGGAAACGUCCAGAAGUGGAUCUUAUGGACCGAGCACCAGUACCGACUGCCCCAGAUUGGGAAAUCUUUCCAGGACCUGUCUGGAAAGGAUCUGUGUGCCAUGUCAGAGGAGCAGUUCCGUCAGCGCUCCCUGGUGUGUGGGGACGUGCUGCAUGCUCACCUGGACAUCUGGAAAUCAGCUGCCUGGAUGAAGGAGAAGGCUACACCCGGAGAAGUGCGAUACUGUGUGGGUGACGAGAGCUGGACGGAUAGCGAGGUGGACUCCUCCUGCUCAGGGCAGCCCAUCCAUCUCUGGCAGUUCCUCAAAGAGCUUUUGCUGAAGCCUCAUCACUAUGGGCGGUUCAUUCGCUGGCUCAAUAAGGAGAAAGGCAUAUUCAAGAUCGAGGACUCUGCCCAGGUGGCUCGUUUAUGGGGAAUCCGGAAGAACCGGCCCGCCAUGAACUAUGACAAGCUGAGCCGCUCCAUCCGGCAGUAUUACAAGAAAGGGAUCAUCCGGAAACCUGACAUCUCCCAGCGCCUGGUCUACCAGUUUGUACACCCCGUCUGAGAAGGGGGCAGGAGCAGGGGAACGGACUGACCUCCUGGUGGGAUCCCUGUAACCACAGCACCUCCCACCCACUUCCAAAAAGAGAUCCACCUUUGAUAAUAAAGCUGAAGUCUAGGAUUGUGCAAGAGGCUGGAAAUGCAUCAAACUUCCCGGAUGAACUUCAGAGCUUCCAACCUCCCCCAGGCUACAAAGCGUGUGUGUUGGGGGGAAGAACCUCCGCCUAGCAAUGGACUGCCUGUGAAAUAGAGUGUAUACAUUUAAUUCUGGGGCCAAUGAGUUUGUGUAGAAAGCCCCCUUCUCCCUCUAAAGCUGCGGUGUGAGGGAAUCAAGUGUGUGAGAGGGGGGCAUAACAAUUGGGUGGGGUGCAGGGGCUGAGGGGAUGCUGCCUGCAAGUAACGUCGAACCAAUAGAAGUUACGUCUGACUGUUGUGGAUGAGGUUAAAUUUCCCCACACAGCUUUUCAAGUCUUUGGCUGUCUGAGAGGCACCACUAGGCCAGAUGCCACUUAGCAGAGAUUUAUGACAUGCUGGAGGUCACGCAGCAAAGCAGCGGGGGGAAGAACCCAGGAGUCCUGCCCACAAGUCCCCGCUGUGGGAACAUAGGAGUUGUCAUACUGCAUCAGACCACUGGUCCUUGUUUCUGACACUGGCUGGCCACCCCUGCUUUAGUGAAAAGUGCAGGUGUCCCUGCAGUGAUGGGUAACUUGCCCGCAGGAGAAGUUUAUUCCUGAUCCCAUCAAUUAGAGAUGGUUGUGUGCCCUGAAGACUGAUAAGAGACCCACCCCACACAUAUACUGCACAACAUCUAGUGAUAAUCAGAUUCAGUCUCCCUUUGUCAAUGCUUUUCCCUUCCUGGUGGGGAGCUUGAGUUGUCCUGAAAUAUCCCAAGGAUAUUGUCAUGGCAAUUCUACUGGUCUUGCUUUUUCCUGGUCUGAAGCCGUUCUCUGGGCAGGGAGGAGAGGUAAUCCCCCACCCCCGUCAGCCAGGCCAGAGCCUUUCUUUAAUGGGACAACUCCCUCACUAAUACUCUAACUGAAAUCUGUUCUUUAAAGGGGUGAUCUUCUAUCCUUCUCUGAGCUAGAAAAGUAGCUGGUCAAUCUCCCCCCACCCCUUGCUGUAUGCAUAUGAUCAACUAGGCAACACUCCCCAGCCUUGUGUGGUGGUGUAGGGAUACCCAAUGUGGAAGGACUCUGCGAGCUGGCAGAGAGCAGCAAUGCUCUGGUGUAGAUGACUGCCAGAAGAACUGAGGGUUUUUGGCUGGAGAUGCUGCAGCUGAGGCAUUCUCCUCCCUCAUGGGCUCGUUUGGAGGUGGGUCGGCAGUAGGAAGCAGUGGAAUCGUCAGUAGCGUGUGAUGCUGGGUAGCAGCUGCAUAACUGGCUGGAGUGUCCAAGAACCUCUCAACCGUCUUGCUUCUCUUCCUUACGGAAAAGCAGUUCUGAAGCACGUGCCUUGCUAUAUCUGGUGUGACAAAGCUCUGUCCUUGCCUCCGUGGGUCCCACGUUUCCUGGAGGAUUUCGCUAGCCUUAGAGGCUCACUGUGA